ACGGUCUCUGCUGGGAGUUUUUGAGGAGGACACUGCAGCCAUCUCCAACUACUGCACACAACUGUAUCAGGCCAUGCAGAGGAUUUAUGAUGCACAGAAUGAGCUGAGUGCUGCAACACACCUGACCUCCAGACUGCUGAAAGAAUAUGACAAACAGCGUUUUCCUCUCGGGGGUGAUGAUGAGGUGAUGAGUUCUACUCUGCAACAGUUUGCAAAAGUCAUCGAUGAACUCAGCUCCUGUCAUGCUGUCUUGUCCACCCAGCUUGCUGAUGCCAUGAUGUUCCCCAUCACUCAGUUUAAAGAGCGAGACCUGAAGGAGAUCCUUACUCUUAAAGAAGUCUUCCAAAUAGCCAGUGAUGAUCACGACGUGGCGAUUAACAGAUACAGUCGCUUAUCCAAAAGGAGGGAGAACGACAAGUUACGGGCGGAGGUGGUGGAGGAUGUCUACACCUCCCGCAAGAAACAACACCAGACAAUGAUGCACUACUUCUGCUCACUGAACACUCUGCAGUACAAGAAGAAGACAGCUCUGCUGGAGCCACUGCUGGGAUACAUGCAGGCACAGAUCAGUUUCUUUAAGCUGGGGUCAGAAAAUCUCACCCAGCAGUGGGAAGAGUUCCUGGGAACUAUAGGAACCAGUGUCCAGAAUGUACGCCGGGAAAUGGAGGAGGAGGUGGGGCAGAUGCAACAGACCAUCCAGGAGAUGGAGAGGGCUUGUGAUGCCCUUUAUGCACCAUGUGACCCCGACCCCGCCCACUCACCUGUGUGUCGCAACCUGACCAGGAAGCAGGGCUACCUGUACAUCCGGAAUAAGACUGGGUUAGUGUCAUCAUCCUGGGAGCGACAGUACUUCUUUACACAGGGUGGAAACCUGAUGCAACAGGGCCGGGGAGAGGUGGCGGGCGGGCUGGUCACAGACCUUGACAACUCCUCCGUCAUGGCCGUUGACUGUGACGACCGCCGAUUCUGCUUUCAGGUCACUUCCUUUGAUGGGAAAAAAGUGGUGACGCUGCAGGCGGAGAGCAGGAAGGAAUGCGAGGAGUGGAUCUCCACCAUCAACAACAUCUCAAGGAGGAUCUACCUGAGUGAAAAUGCAGAGGAGCUUGCAGCCAGAGUGAACCAAUCCGCUCUUGAAGCCGUGACACCAUCACCGUCCUUUCAGCAGAGACACGAGAGCAUGAGACCCACCAGUAAGGGGCGAACGGGUCGAGCGAGCAGCAUCAGCUCCGUGGGCUCCGAGCCAUCGCCUGCUCUUUCUGUGCUCUCACUGGAUGCACUGGUUGCCCCAGAAACACCCAUCCAGUUUGACAUAAUUUCCCCCGUCAGUGAGGAGAACUCAGGACAAAGCAAAACAGCACCGCAGUCCAGCAGGAGAAGUAAUCCAUUUGGGGAGUCAGGAGAGAGCACAGCAGAAGACAGUGAAGACUCGAUCCUCCACCAGCUCUUUAUCGUUCGCUUCCUGGGCUCCAUGGAGGUGAAGACUGCCGAGUCAGUGGAUGUCAUCUCUGAGACCAUGAGGCAGAUCCUGGCUGCCAGAGCCAUCCACAACAUCUUCAGGAUGACCGAGUCCCACCUGCUGGUCACCUGCGACUGCCUCAAGCUAAUUGAUCCUCAGACACAAGUGACGCGACUCAGGUUCCCUCUCUCCACCGUGGUGCAGUGUUUGUCCCAUCAGGACAACAAGAGGCUGUUUGGUUUUGUUCUGCAGUCGGCAAGCGGGCGGAGCGACAGCCGAGCCAUGUGCUACAUCUUUGAAUCCAACAACGAUGGAGAGAAGAUCUGUGACAGCAUCGGUCUGGCCAAGCAGAUCGCCUUGCACUCGGAGAUGGACCGUAAAGCGGUGGAGAAGAAAAAGGAGGAGGAUAAGGCCAAAGAGAAACAGAAGGAGGAACUGAGCAAGCAAAGACAGAUCGAGAAGGAUCUGGAGGAGCAGAGCCGCUUGAUCGCUGCAUCAAGUCGCCCGGCCAACCCGCCUGGCUCUGACGGACAGUUCCUAGUGCUUAGCAACAGCCAGUCAGAGGACAGUGACGCUGGAGAGGAGGGGAAGAAGAAGGGUGAGUCUGAAGCUUAACGACACUCAGAGGAUGCAUGUUUUACCUCUAAGGCGAGUCCCAGCUGGUAAAAUCGAGACCACAGCUCAGGAAUCAGAGGAGGGGAACACCACCUAUCCGCCCGCCCGGACUGCCUGGAUCUGAAAAACAUGUGCUUCCUCUGUGCAGGACUCUGAAGCUUGUGAUGGAGGCCUGUCACUCUGAAAUGGAGGAUAAAUCUAACGCACCCUCACUGUAAAAGGGAGGGAAGUAGGUGAGGAAACGCCUCAUCCAGGACUCGUGUUUUACUGUGUUUUAAAAAAAAAAAAAAAACAAAGGAAAAAAAAUGCUGCUUUUAUACCGGCUCCACUUUCAAGAAGAGACAUGAAAUAUAGAUUAACCUCUAAGUUUCUGUUUUUAUGUUUAUUUUAUAAGAAGAGCUAACAAAAAUAUGGAAGACGUAAAACAAAAUGUGAGAAGAAUAUUGAACCUGGGUCUGUCGGUACCGGCUCUUGCAUGAGUGCACUUUGAGAGGAAGUGAUGGUUUCUUUACCCAUGAUGAAGGUCCCAGAGGGCAACAGGACACCUCAUCCACUUUCUCCAUCAGUGUUGUUGAUUUAAAAAAGGAAAAAAAAAAAAAAAAGAGGUCAGCUGAUGAUCUGAAACACAAAUAGAAGAUAGAAAGAGAGCCUGAGUCUUAUUUUGAAAAGGUCAUUUAAGGAUUCCUUCCUUCCUUCCUUCCUUCCUUCCACUGGCUUCAUUUCAGCACAUCACAGUAGGUCUUCACUGAUUAGUCAAUUAAUUGAUCAAUAGAAAAUUUAUUUUUAGUAACUGCUAACCAGCUGUUUUUCCAACACCGUGUUCAAUUUAUUAAUAUUGUUAAAUGUUAUUUAGCUGCAGAAAAAUGUGGCUAGAUUGUUCAGACGCUGUUUAGACCAGGGGUGGAAAACUUAUAUUCUUUAUAACGUUAAGUAUAUUUUUCUUUUUAUGGAAACAGACAUAUGUAAACAACAGUUUGACCCUUAAUGCUGAUCAACUGACAGUAAUGUUAAUAUAACUGUUAAGUAAAGUUUAAAUCAACCCACUAAAGGGACAUCUUACAGUCCACUGCAGCUCCAUGUUUUUAAUCUUGGACUUGAGUUGUGAUUCACGGUUCAGAAUCAUCUUUAUUUCUCUUAUACUGGACCUUGAUUAAGCGUUUCACUGUAACUAUUGGGGUUUUUUUCUGGCAUGCCUCACCUAUAAAUAUAUUCAAAGCUACACUUUAAUGAGAAUAAUGGUCAGUUUUGGUCUGUUUGUCUGUUUUGGGGGUUUUUGGUGUAUUUUUCCCACAAAUAUCACUUUAAUCUUACUUAGUUACCUUGCAUAUUCCUCCUACAGUGGUUUAAUCCUCCACUGACAGGGCCUGCCUCACUCUUUCAAAAACCACUAACAAAAGCCAGCUUUCUUCUGAUUGGCUGCACUUUGGAAACAGAAAGUUUGAAUAGCAGAUAAUAGAUAAUAAUAAUAAUAGAUUACCUUUAGAGAUGUGUAACUCAAAACCUCCUGAUUAAAAAUUCAAAUUUCGUAAGCCAUCCAGUGGGCUGAUUUAGCCCCUUAGAUUAUAUGUUUGACACCCCUGGUAUAGACCAAAUGAAAAAAUGAAAAAUAUUUGGCCUUAAGUGUGCUUGAGCUUUUACUGAUAGUACCUGAAAGCAGCGGCUGAAUGAAAGGUUCAAAGGGAAAAAUUCAUCCUGUAAGUUUUCAGACUUUCUUGUCUUUGCAUGAUUUGGUCUUUGCUCGCUGACAGUGAAGAUUGCUGCUUUGAGCACCACAAAGUGAGUUCACAUUAGUUACAUUAUAUUCAAGAAAUGACGGAUUAUACACCAAAAUGAUCUAUUUGAUAAAUGGCACUGCAGGAUAGAAGAAAAACGUGUACGUUUGACUUGACCACUGCCUUUUAAAGAUAAAAAGUCAGCAUACUUUCAACUACCUGCGCUCACUUUGUGCUUAUAUUUGAUGGUUGAAAGUUUGAAGGAUGGUGGGGGUUUUGUUUGUUUUGUUGUUGUUUUGUUUUUUUAGGUUUUGUAUUCAGACACCUUUGGAUUUGACUCCCUGACAUGAGAGACCUAUGUUGUGAUUGUUACCUGCUGAGAAAAUUUAGACCACUUAAAUUACACCUGUCGUUUUACUUAUCAUGAAUACAACUUUACUUUUGUUCCUUUUGGUUCAAAGCUGAGCUCCAGAUGGAUCUAAGGUCCACUUCAUCAACUUUCAGGUGCCAAUAUUAAAGGAAAAAUAAGUCUUGGUCUUGGACUAAUUAAAGAAGCCACAAAUUUCAGUUUACUUAAAGGGUCUGUAAGGGUCUGUAGAAUGAAGGUAAAAAUUUUCAUGGCUUGAUUAAAUAUGAAGAAGUUAUUUUAACUUAAAAAAAAAAUCAGCUGAGUGUGAGGAAGUCAGCUGGGAGCUAAUUUUACAUGGUGACUCGAUGACGUUAACACGGCCACAUGAACUCAUCAUACUGGUUACUAAAGGUAUCUGCUUAAGAUAGAGGAAGUGCUAAAUCCACAGUCCUCAGCAGCAUGAUUAAAUGUGUUUUGUGCACUAAAAAGACUUCAUCUUUGGAUGAUGCCCAUUUGAAUCUUAAAAUGCAGGAGCCUCGUAUUUGCUCGUGUUAAAUAUUGGAGUGUAAUUUUGUACAGAUUUUACAGCAAAAACACAACCAGUAUGAACAUAAAUAUGAAAAUUUGAUUUAAACCAGAAAAAAAAAUCUAUUUAAACCAGAAAAAAAAAUCUAUUUAAACCAGACUUGGAAAAAUUCUGAAUUUGACUUUUUUUUUCUUCCAUAUUUAUUAGUGAAGCCAUAUCAUGCCAUAAUCAGUCCAGUAUUCCAGCAUUUCAAGCUGUUCGUAUGCAGUGUUUGUAUGUGUGUGUUAGCGUGCUGUAAGGGUCGGAGCCCAUGUAAAUGAAAGCAGAGUUUGCAUGACAGUAACACUUGUUAAUAAGCUCUCGUACCAAUUAACCGUGAAGAUUUAAGGCCACGUCAGUGAGCCAAAGAUGCUUUUCUCUCCUCUCUCGGGGCCGUUCCGGGUGUGAAUUGCUGGUCUGACAUUUGCAAAGUUGGAGGUCUGUUUAAAUAAAUAAAUAAAUAAAUAAAUAAAUAAAAGGGAGAAAAGCACAAAUUUCCCUCAAGUUCCCUCAAACUGAAAGGAGAACAUGGCUUUCUGUUUUCAUAAAAGAAAAACACUAGACUUUAAGCUCCUCUGAUACAGUGUUGAAAAACCAAUAACCACCUGUGUGUCAUAAAAAACAGACUCCAUCUUCUUUCACAUUGCCUGCUGAGUCUGUUUCUUCUAAUGUCUUAAUAUUUACCAGGCAUGCAUACGUUGGGGCCUUUUAUGUUCAUCGCACAUUUAUUCAUUAACUUGCAUUUCAUUUCCAGAGUGAUUCACUCAUUUAAGUUUCAUUUUCUUCAUGUAGGGAUGAAAGAGGCCACAGACACACCUCUUCGUUUGUGGGAGGUUAAAGUAGUGGAGAUGUUUCUAAAAAGCCGAAAUCAACAGUUACUGAAGAUGAUUUUAUUUUUAUUUUAGUUUUUUGGGACACGUGGGGGGUGAGAUAUUGCUUUCUUGUUUUUGCUGUAACCAAGUGAAAGGCUCGUGUUGACAGAGCUGCACUUUACAGACGAAGUAAACACGACAGGAUCGCUGAUGUUGAGCUGUAAAUAUGUUUCAGUGAUUGAUGUUCCCGUGUCAUGAUUAACGAAAAAAGGCUUUACGGUGAUAAUAAAGCACUAACUCCAUC